AUGGGUAUUGUUCUCUCAGGUACCGGCAUCGGAGGAGUUGUCUGGGCACCUGUCUUACACUCACUCAUCGCCGCGGUCGGAUUUCGCAAUACCUUAAGGAUCUCAGGCUCCGUUGCAUUUCUGCUUAUCAUCGCGGCCGGAUCCGUCGUGACGUGGGAGCCUGGUACCCUCCGUCGUUUUCAAGCAGAGGCAAUACCUUCAUCGCGUGCUGCAGGACUUUUCCAAAUACCUUUGAUAAACUAUCGCAUUGCUCGAUCUCGAAAGUUCCUCGCGCAAGCUCUGGGGGCGAUUCUGCAGUCAGCAGCGUAUUAUACACCGGUAUUCUUCUUCGCAUCAUACGCAAGAACUUUAGGCUACUCUGCGGCCACCGCCUCCGACUUCAUCGCUCUAUCGAACGCUGCGAAUGCCAUCGGUAAGAUUGUCAUUGGUCAUGCGGCGGACAGAAUCGGUCGCCUCAAUACUCUAUUGCUCACCACAGGAAUCUCAGCAAUCAGUGCUCUGGUCCUGUGGCUUCCGUCAUCCCUCUCUCAAACCCAGUCUGAUGGUCGGAAUUUCUUCAUCGCCUUCACAGUCCUCUAUGGUGUAUUUGCAUCGGCGUAUGUCUCUCUCUUUCCAACUUCGCUUGUUGAGUUAUUUGGAGUGCAGCACUUCGCAUCUGUUAACGGUGUGCUAUAUAUGGGACGCGGUUUGGCAACGAUGGUGGGGACACCGGUCGCCGGAGCGCUGAUCAGAAGUUCGACGAAUGAAACAGGUCCAAAACACUACCAGAACACCAGUAUUAUGGUUGGCGUCCUCCUGUCGACAGCGACUAUGGCUGUGCUGUGGGUUAGAUUCGAGGCAGUUGUCGAGAUAACAAGAGAAGGGGAAAACAAAAGAUUUAUCAGCCAAAUAUAA